AUGGAAGCAUUACCGCCAGUGAGCGGAUGGCACACUUCAUUGUCUGUGACCAUCUUUGUUGUUUGCGUCGUCUUCGCCAUCCUCACUAUUCUCUUCACUGUGCUACGCUUCAUUGCACGCUCAGGGAAAUUGGCGACUUAUGGACCAGAUGACUGGGUCCUUCUUUGUGCAGCAAUUUUAUCUGUGGCUCAUGCUAUCAUGACAGCAUGGGGUGCUGGUUAUGGAUCCAUUGGUACCAGUGUUCUAGUCAUGUCUCCUCUCCAGAUUUCGACGUUUGAUAAGCUUCUAUUUGCUAGCGAAUUUAUCUCGCUCGCAGCUCUCGCCCUUGUCAAAAUCUCCGUUCUACUCUUCUACAGACGUCUAUUUUCCGUCACCAGAUUCCCCAUAAUUGCCAAUGUUGUGAUUGGCAUUAUCAUUGCGUGGUUCAUUGCAUUCUUCUUGGUCAUGCUUUUUGCUGGUGACCCCAUCUCAGAUUCUUGGACUCACUUGGGACAUCCACGAUAUAAUGUUGCCGCUAUGUUGGUAGCCAGUUCGUACACAGAUAUCAUCAUUGAUAUCGCCGUGCUCGCACUUCCGAUUCCUUUGAUCAAGGGCCUUCAUCUUGACACGAAGCGCAAGCUCUCUGUUGUCGGUAUCUUCUCUUUGGGUUUAUUCUGUGUCGUAGCAUCUUCCGUUCGUCUCCACUACUUCGUUCAAUUCUCUCACCUCUACACCGGCGAAAACUACGAUGGCUUUUCGAGAACUGUAACCCUCAUAUUUCUAUGGUCCAACAUCGAGCCUUGCUGCUCAGUAAUCGCAGCUUGUCUACCAACUCUCGCACCUCUAUUCAAAGACAGCCAUUUCGGCUUCUUCUCCCGUCUACGUAGCUACUUCUCCAGUCGGAGAAGUUUGGCAAGCAGUACAGGAGAGAAGAAGGCCACACUGCAUCAGCAACAACCUUUUGGUCGCAACAGUGACAGCAGCGUAUCGAAUUCAUCCAUGCCACCACGUGCCGAUUGGGCGCCUAAGAUCUCUACAUCAGCGUACGCGUCUGCGGCUCCGCGGGAAGAUUUUGACUUGGAAAGACAGGAGGCUGCUUAUGGGAGAGAGAUCAGGGUGAAAUCUACCACUUCUUUGUACUAG